CCAUUCUACAUCUUUCACUUCUCCUCUGGAUCAUUCAUCAACAUUCAUCAGACAACAUGUUUAACAACGCCGUCAUCUCCUUCCUCCAGCUCUGGCUUGCGACGCUCGCCUUUGCUGCUCCCAUCGCUGAUGACAUCAGCGCGACCUCUGCUAAGCCCUGGCACUACGGUACCGGCGGUGGAAUCAUCGGAUUCAUUGUUUUGGUGCUUGACAUCCUCGUCUGGAUCGAGGUCCUCCAGUCCAACCGUCCCGUUUCCCACAAGAUCCUCUGGUGUCUCGUCGUCUUCCUCUUCCCCAUUGUCGGCAUGCUCGUUUACUACCUGUUCUCCAACCGCCAGGCUCACAUGAGGAGCGGAGGCUACGAACCCGUCCCUUAGACGGCGGCCGAUUGACGCGACCGACAAGAAUAGCAUGGGUGGGCUUGGAUAGGAAUGUGGCAGAGCAGAAGGGCUGGCAUGCGCAAGAUGAGAAAUGGAUGGCAGGAGACACGAUUAUGGGCCAGCGAUUAUCCUUUUGUUUAUGAAUUAAUGGAGUAACAAUUUGAGACCAAAUAACCAUCUA